CCCAUGCCUAUUUGCAAACAGAUUUUCUAGUCUGGAGUCAAAAUCGUUUUUAAAAUGCCUCCGUAAGGUUACAAUAAGUGUAAAUGUAUUUUCUUUGAGAAGUGACCAAUCGCAUCCCGGUUUCUUACAAGGUCGGGCACUGCGUCGUAUCUCCUGGUAACGACCGUGCCCCUGACAACAGCGCCGUCUCUUAGGAACAGAGCAAGCGGCUUCCAGGACCAGCGGGCACUUUUACAUCCAUCCUGUUUCUACCCAGCCCAGCAAGACUAUUGGAGUCACCGGAAAAUCACAAUGAAGAAACAAACUCCCUCAUUGACGUCAUCCAAAAUGGGAGCAAGCAUGAAAAAAUUUCCCAGUCGUCAAAGUGUGGGGAACUUCAGCAGACACAGCCAGAAAAGCUCUUUUAGUUUUAUGGGUUCAACUAGUCGUCAAAGGGUGAAUUUACAAGGAGAGAAGAUCCUGGAUAGAAGCUACAUUGCAGGAGGAAAAUACCCUGUACAGGUGUUCGAUGAGACUGGAAAAGAUGUGACUCCUCACUCCCUUGUUGUAUUUGACACUGCUUUUACACAAAGCAGGCAAAAUAAAAUUUUCAUCUCUCAGGACUUAGCCUCAUCUGACCAUAUUGUCGGUGGUACAAUGUACCAGACAAUUGCAAAUGCUAGUUAUGCCGGACCUUUUACCAGGUCCACCUAUGAAAGUGCUAGUGUCUCUCGAUCAAGUCGUAACUUUUCCGAUUCAUUGGAAGAUAUUGGAGAAUCUGGUGUUCAACAUGAAAUUCCAGGUUUACAAUAUGUACAAAUCCGAAGAGAAGAUGUACGAGAACAACUAAGUGAAGAUGAUCUAAACAAGAUUGUAGAUGUGCAGUUGACAGAGACUGAAACAUUUACGCUUCUUGAUCUUCCUGUUGAAGUGAUUUCAGUGGAUUCAGCAGAAGCAGAAGCAGUCAAGUUACGAAACCAACUGUAUAUUGAACUCUGCAAAGAGCGAGCUGGCAAUGAUCGCUACAUUGAAAGGGUGGCACAGACCUUCAGCGGAGCACGAAAAACCAAAGAGGUUCAGUGUGACAAAAUUAACACUCAAGAAGCAGGUGUUAUGGCGACAAUAUGGGACAUGUAUGAUAGCUUUAAAGAAGGAGAAGUGCAUGAAGAUAUUUCCCUUGAUCAAUUAAAUCAGCAAAAGGAUUUGUCACAAAUUAAUUUUGACAAAACCGUCCUUCGAACUUUAUCAGCUCUAAGUUCAAUAGGAUUAGAAAGUCGAUCCUCUACUUCACCAGAGUCGGACAGUAUUGUCACUAUUCAAGGUGCUGAUGAAUUAGACCAUGAACCAGAAGAACUUCUGAAAAAUGAGAAACUAAAGCAUGAUUUAUUCAUUAUGGAACGUGUCAUUAUGGAGAACAUUUUCCAACCAAAACUCGCUGCUUAUCGCCAACUGCCAAUAUUACCUGAUCCAGAUGGUACAACUAAUGGUGAGGAAGAGGUGGUGGAUAGCAUAAUGCUGUUGGAUAUCAUGAGUCCAAGAUUGCAACUAUUAUGGUCUUUUACCUGUUAUCUCACCAAGGGACGUAAUGUUAGCUGCAUGGUUUGGAAUAAACACAACGUGGACCUAUUGGCAGUAGGUUAUGGAGAAUUUGGAUAUAAGGAACAGAGAGGGGGACUGAUUUGCUGUUGGUCGCUGAAAAAUCCCAUGUGGCCUGAGCGCAUCUAUAAUUGUGAAAGUGGUGUUACUGCUCUGGAGUUCUCUUCAGAUAGCCCUAACCUGCUGGCAGUAGGCCACUAUGAUGGAACUGUAGCAAUCUACAACAUCCGCAACCCUGAAAAUGGGCUAGUUCUGGACAGCAGUAAUGAUCUGAAUAAGCACAUUGGCCCAGUCUGGCAGCUGAAAUGGACGGAACAGGACAGAAAUUCCAAAGGGGAUGAAAAGGAAGGGACCUUGAUCUCCAUAGCUGCAGAUGGCAGAGUUGCCAAAUGGACUCUUGCGAAAGGACUGGAAUCAUCAGAUUUAAUGAGGAUAAAACGAACAGGAAUGCAGACAUCUAAGAAAGUGGCUACUGAUAAAGAAAAGAAAAGUGAAGCCUCCAUUUCUCGCCACGCAGCAGGAAUGUGUUUCUCCUUCCACCCAAGGGAAGCUAAUAUUUACCUGGCUGGCACAGAAGAGGGUUAUAUUCAUAAAUGCUCGUACUCCUACAAUGAACAGUUCCUAGAAACUUAUGGAGCCCACAAGGGGCCAGUAUAUAAAGUAACAUGGUCGCCAUUUUCUGUAGACACUUUUCUAAGCUGCUCUGCUGAUUGGUCUAUUCAUGUAUGGAGCCAGGAAAUCCUAAGGCCCAUUCUCCGCUUUUCUUCGACUAUCACAAAGGCUGUGCAUGACAUCAUGUGGUCGCCAAAGUCUGCCACUGUGUUUGGAGCUGUGAAUGAGGACAGAGUGGAAAUCUGGGACCUUGCUGUCAGCAUAUUGGAUCCUGUUAUUAUCUGCCCAGCUAGUGAAGAAUCAAGUUUGUCCACCAUACUGUUUGCUAAUAAUACAGACUGUGUUCUUGUUGGUGACAGCAAUGGAGAGGUUAUUAUAUAUGAGCUCCUUAAUAUGCCCCUGGUGGAAGAUUCUUUGACUGUGCUCGAUGGCAUCAUUACAACCACAUUGGCCAGCCAAGUUAUGAGCAGUUCUUACAAAGAUUCAUCAGAAGAGCCAACUACCCCUGCGACUAAUAUUUGUGAUACAGUGUUACCUUAGACUGUAGCAGCAGAUGAUUCAUGCAUGGAAGGUGUGACCACUGAGCCCAAUUCUAUCUUCUUCAAUAUCGACAUGUAUUCACGUUAUGAUUAAUGGAUCAGAAGAUGGAUGCCACAGGACGUUUUUCUUCAUUUCAUUGCCCAGGGAUGCUUUGUAUCCAAAUUACUGCCCUGGCUGAGAUUAACUCAACACAAGUUUUCUCACUGAGAGUUGAAAGAAUUAAAAAUAUUCAAUAUAUGUUCAAAUUAUAAGACUCUGGUCAAAUAUUUUGCACCAAGUGUUUUUUUUUAUAGUUUGUACAAUCAUAUCGAACUACUUUGGUAAAACAAAUUUAUCACCGGUGAAGUCAAAAAGAAAUCCAUCAAGGCCUGAAUGGAACUGUCCUGGCAAUAAAUUUACUUGUCUUGUAUAAAGUCUUCAAGGUUUUCAUUUCAAGCAGAUUUCUAGAUUUAAAAUGAUGAUAUCAUUGUAUAAUUUCAAAGUAAAAUUUUAACUUGGUAAAAUAUUAACAUAUACCACUUUAAAUAUGUUGAAAGAAAUAAUUUC